AUGCCGCUCGCACGCACCCCACCGCAAAAAUCAGCAUCCCCUUCUAAGAGACAGCACACGUUUUCGCCAUCCAUGGCGUACCCGGACGCUGCGUUUGCCCCCCGGUCGCGUGUGAUGCGCUCUCCUCAAGGCUCUCUCCCCGCUGCGCCACCACCUUCCCUCCCCCAAGCAUCUCCCACCGCUCCCACUGAGCUGCCGCCAGUGGUUGAGCGCGACCUUGCUCCGGGAUCGACCGCGCAUCCACCAUCGGGCCACGAUGAGGAUGACAUUAUGGAUGUCGAGGCCGACAUUGGUGGACCCAGUCCGGACCUGGAUCCCGAAGCGAUGGAUGUCGAGGAAGGCGAUAACCGUCAGCCGCAGGCUGCACCGGCGACCUCGACGCCUACUCAUGUCCCGGCUGCUCAACUAGUCACUCCACCCCCGGUCUCUGUGGCCUCUGCACCACCCCUUCCUCCUAUGCCGCCAUCGACCCCAGGCCGACGAGCUCCGCGCGCGUCGAUUGCUCGCCCUAUCCAUGCUCCGCGUACACCUUCCCCCGAGCGCGAACGCGACCCAAAUCCGUACCCAGAAGCAGGACCAUCGGCCACCACCUCAGCAGCAGCGGUCCCUCCCGUGACGCCCCGUCGGCAGAGCCGGGCCCGUGAGCGCACGCCGGCGCGCACGCCCGCCGAGGUCCUCGCUGUCCCCGCCGUGCCGAUUGCCGACGCCGACGACGCGGGUUAUGGCAAGUACUACGAGGCGCUGGUACGCACCCUGCGUAUCAAUGCUGUAGACCGUGGACUGGGCCGUUUGUCGUUUGAGCAAAUGAAGGAGUGUUACCCGCUCCUCGCCGACGAGAAGCGCGAGACGCUCGAGAACGUGUGGUCCAACAUGGUACACGAGCUGCAGUCGUCGACUCUGACCGGCGCGUACAACCUGCUGGACGAGUAUCGCGUCAACAAGCGGCUCAAGACGUUUGCAGAGGUCAUUGACGAGGCGCGCACAUGGGCCGCCGAGCACCCGGGCGAGGGGAGGCGGGACGCGUGGCGCCCAGACCUCACACCGUUUGUGAACACUGCCGGCGCCAACCUCGAGGUCUACGACGCCGAGUGGGAACAUCUCCGCCAGGAGUACUUGGACCUCGUAAAGGAAUGUGCCGAGCGCAAGCAACGCGUGCAGGAGAAGCGCGAGCGCCUGGCCGCAAUGGACAAUGGCGUCUCGGACAGUGUUGUCGAACUGGCAAAGACCAACGCGCUGCUCAAAGACUUCCCUGCCCCCGACAUGCUCAGCUGGACAGAAGCGACGGAGAACAAGCUCCCGAGUCGGAAAGAGUAG